CGCCCGCGUCUCGCUGGCAUCGCGACCGAAGGCUCCGUCUCCCCCCAUCGCACACAGGAGCUGACGAGGCACCCCCCCCCUCCCCACAAUUAAUUAUGCUAAUUACCCUAACUUAAUUACUCUGCUGUCACAAGCUGGAGCGCAAGCCUCGCUGCUCUCCUCCCUGGGCUGGGAAUUUGGAUCGUGGUGGUGGUGGUGGGGUGAGGAUGGGCGAUUGGGAUACCUGCCUGUUAAGGCUGUACGGGGGAUCUUUGUCUCAGGCUAGCAGCUGCAGGAGGCACAGUCCCGAAACGUCACAGACACCGCCGUGGCUGAUCGAGGACGAGGUGGUCAGGCAUCGACGAUGAGAAAGCGGCCAGCAGGCCAGUGACGUCACCACAGCGUCUGUGCCAGGCUAGGUGCAUUGUGAGACCUCGUGAAGUGACAGGAGGAAGCAGCGAGCGAAGGCUCCAGAGGACGACGAGGACGACGCCGAGGUGGAGUUGGUGGUGGACUAGAAGAGAGACAACGUGAGGGGGGAGGAGGAGGAGCAGCGAUGGAGGGGACCGUGCGCUUGGACGUUCACGUCGGGGCUCGCGGAACGGCCCUCACCGUGGGCCUGGGCUGCCCGUGGAGGGACGUGGGCGCCAUGAUCCUCGCGUCUUUUGGACUGGCGAGCGCGCACUACACUUACCUGGACGAGGACAACGAGGAGGUGUCCAUCGACACUGAAGAGGAAUACGGCGAAGCGCUCAAGGUGGCAUGUGCUGAUGGCUAUGUUCUGCACAUCACCGUCCACAACGAGGAAUCAAGUUCAGGGACGGAUGACUCCAGCAGCGGCAACGUCAGCGUCAGCAGCAGCAGCACCACAACAACCACAAGUGUGCAGGAGCCUGCAGCCGUCUUCAUAUCGCAGCAGCAGCAGCAGCAACAGCAGCAGCAUUAUGAUGAACACCGCCACCGCCACCACCACCACCACCACGAAAAGCACCACCACCACCACCAACCUCAUCACCACCACCAUCACCACAAGCAUCACCAGCAGCAGCUUGAGCAGCAGCUUCAGCAGCACCUUCAACAGCACCAGCAGCAGAUUCAGCAGCACCAGCAGCAGAUUCAGCAGCACCAGCAGCAGGUGCUGCAGUUCCAGCAGCAGGCUCAACAACAGCAGCAGCAGGCGGUGGUGCAGCAAGUGCAGGUGCAGCAAGUUGAGGAGCAGCACCAGCAGCAGGUGCUGCAGUUCCAGCAGCAGGUUCAACAGCAGCAGCAGGCGGUGGUGCAGCAAUUUCAGGAGCAGCACCAGCAGCAGGUGCUGCAGUUCCAGCAGCAGGCUCAACCGCAGCAGCAGGCGGUGGUGCAGCAAGUUGAGGAGCAACAACAGCAGCAGCAGCAGCAGAAGAAUCAGGUGGACGAGACUCCGCUGGUGGUGACCCAGCGCCCGGACGUUGAUGGCGGCGGCAGCAGCAGCAGCGGCGGCGGCGAUGAUCCUGGUGACGUUGACGGUGAUGGUGCCGCCACCGGUGGCGGUGGGGAUGGUUUCCCGGUACCGCCCGGCACACCGCCUCCGUGGUUCCAGGAGUACAUGGAGAAGUUCCGAGAGAAAGUGGUGAUGGACGUGACGGUCCGCGUGACCAAGGAGGUGCGGAAGAGCCUGGCUCGCGAGCUCGCCGGAGGCGUGCCGCCCAAGGGACACCCCCCCGGCAACGGGGCGGCCAAGGGACACCCCCCCGGCAACGGGGCGGCCCCCCCAGAUCCUCGGGCUCGCGACUCGGACGAGCCGGACAACGGAGCUGGCGCCCGGGACGCCAAGCAGCGCCUGCGCGCCGAGAAGGAGCUCCUGCGCCUGGAGAAGCAGCGCCUGCGCGCCGAGAAGAAGCAGCGCAAGGCCGAGUUCCGCGAGAUCAAGCGCCAGCUGAGCAUGCAACGCUACGGCCGCGCCUGGGCCGGGGUCGCGGUCGCGGCCGGCGCCCCGGCGGGGGUGGGCGCUGCAGGCGGUGCAAAGAAGAAGCGGGAGGAGGAGCAGGAGGAGAAGGAGGAGAAUUUCGAGGAGGCGGCGGCGGCGGCGGCGGCUGCUCAGCUGGUUGCGCCCUCUCACAUCCCGGCGCUGGCGUGCGUCAACGCCGUGUUCGUGGAGGAGAAUCUGCCCGACGGCACCCACGUGCAGCCCGAGAUGCGCUUCAUCAAGCACUGGCGCAUGUGCAACACGGGCAACAUGGCCUGGGACUCGCGCACCACGCUGCAGCUGCUGUGGGGAAACCUCUGCGUGGCGGUGAGCACGGGACGCGAGGUGAGCGUGCCCUUCCUGGCGCCGGGCAGCACUGGCACGCUCUCCGUGGAGUUUGUGGCCCCCGCGGCCGAGGGCACCUACACGUCGCACUGGCGGCUGGCGCACGAGGGCCGCCCCUUCGGACCCCGCGUGUGGGUCACCGUGGUGGUGGCCGACCCGCCCAUGGGCCCCGAGGCCCACAGCUCCCCGACGCACUCCCUCUACAGCGACGUGCGCAACACUCGCAAGGAUCUGUCGUUCGAGCUGCUGCUGCCGGUGGAGGAGCAGAAGGUUCCAAGCAACACGCCGGUCGCCGUGAGCCCCCGUGCUUCCCCACUGCCCGACGACGCCGCGGUGCUGCUGGAGUCGGAGUCGCCGCACGAGUCGCGUGCCGAGGAGGAGCUGAGCGGCACGGACUUCGUCUUCGAGACGGUCAUCCGCUCGCUCACCCUCGAGGAGUCGCCCGAGCCACGGCCACAGCCCCGCAGGGAUACGCGCCGCCACGGCUCCCCCCCCGCACCUCUCCUCCGCCCCACGCCAAUCCCGGCCGCGACCAAAACCGCCGCCGCCGCCGACGACGACGAUUGCUGGCACGACGCGCUGGCCGGCCCGCCGGGUGGCACCGCCCCACUGGUGGCGCGCGGCACUGGCGGCGGAGGUGGCCGCGAGCGGGAGGAGGAGGGGCGGGAGGACGGACAAGCGCGGGACGAGCACGAGGACGAGGAGGAUGGCGGCGGCAGCCAGUCCUCGGACGACUUUGUGGUGGUGCUUCCCGAGUGCUUCGACACGAGCCGCCCUCUCUCGCUCGAGAUGAUCUCCUCCCCGGGCAGCUCCCACAAUGCACCGCCAGAGGAAGAGGAGGAGGAUGAUGAAGAAGCGGAGGAGCGGCAGGAAGGUGGCCGGGGCUCUAGGCGGGGGGGGGCGGCUGCCGUGGUGGCGGAGGGAGGGUCGGAGGUCGCGGAGGAAGGCGGCGCGGCCACCGGCGGGGCGAUGGCAGAGGCGCCGGCGCCGGCGGAGGGCACGGUGGACGAGAUGCUGUGGGGGCCGCCCGCCGGCGGGGCGGUGCCGCUCACGCCGCUGGCGCUGCACGGCGGACCCGACGGCGCCCAGCUCUUUGAGGGCGACGGUGACGGCGCUUCGGGGCCACCCGGCGGGGAGCGGGCGGAGCCCCUGGGCGCCCCCCGCUACAUCAACAGCGCCCUGACUCUCGCCUCCAGCGCCAUCCGGGCCAUGCUGAGGGUGCCCGCCGCACAGGGCGGCCAGGGCGGACAGGGUGGACAGGGCGUCCCCGUGGCGGUGACGCCAACUGCGAUGAGGACGCUGCUGGAGAUGGGGUUUGGCGACCGCACGCUCAACGCCCGCCUCCUGCAGGAGCACGCCGGCGACCUCAACGCCGUCGUGCCGGCGCUGCUCGCCGCCAACGACGACGGCUGGCACCGCGUGCGCCACUGAGCGCGGCGCAGACGCCCAGGUGCCAACGGCGGCGACGCUGUGACGGUAGUCGCGGCGACGACGUGACGGUAGCGACGACGACGGUAACGGUAGCCGUGACGACGCUGUGACGGUAGCCGUGACGACGGCGGUAGCCGUGAUGCUGUGGCCGUAGCCGUGACCCCCCCCCCCUCUCCCCCCCACCAGAUAGGCAAGCAGUGAUCCUAGUGGUCGAGCACUGACACAACCGCAUUGACACCGACGAUAGUACUGACACUGUGAAAAUAGCAGUAUCCCCAAUCAGCGAGUAGAGAUCCUAGUGGUCUAGCACUCACACUGUUAGUGACACGGACAGCCUCGGAGUGACACGGAUGGUCUCAUAGUGACACUGACAGCCUAGGAGUGACACUGAUGGUCUCAUAGUAACACUGACAGCCUCGGAGUGACACUGAUGGUCUCAUAGUGACACUGACAGCCUAGGAGUGACACUGAUGGUCUCAUAGUGACACUGACAGCCUAGAAGUGAUACUGAUGGUCUCCUAGUGACACUGACAGCCUCGGAGUGACACUGAUGGUCUCAUAGUGACACUGACAGCCUCGGAGUGGCACUGAUGGUCUCAUAGUGACACUGACAGCCUAGGAGUGACACUGAUGGUCUCCUAGUGACACUGACAGCCUCGGAGUGACACUGAUGGUCUCAUAGUGACACUGACAGCCUAGGAGUGACACUGAUGGUCUAGCAGUGGCAUCGGUUAAGACCUCGGCUUGGGUUGUGAGAUCAAGGCCCCGUGUCCUAGUUGUAUCAAUAUGCUGAUCAGUGUGGGAUUAAGACUCCCGUAAUUACAUAACAUAACUCACCCUGGUGGGAAUAAGACCAACUGAUGUAGCAAUUCAAACUCAAAACGAUGGUGUCGGGGGGGGGGAUCAAUUCUCAGACUGGAGUGGACGCAAGGAUAAUUUAGAUCCAGACGAGAGUGGGUUUCAGAGUCCCGAUGUAGCUGUGGACCACGGUUGGGCAAAGCUUCAGGCCGCAAGACUCGACGGCAAAUUUUAAUUCCCAACGAUAACACUUCUAAGUAGGCUUCUCGGCGUAGCGUUUCCAAUCGCAUGUCUGUACUCGGGUAGUGAUUUUGUUUAGUUUUUGCGUAAGCCUGGUUAAGUCUUUCAUUCUCAUUGCUGCCCGUACGCCCGCCCGCCCGCCCGCCAACCCCCAGCGAAACAUUAAACCGUCCCAUUAACGGGCUUCAUACUUGCUUAGCGGCCGAUAGCGGGAGGCAGUGGGAUAUAAUUUACAGCUGCCGACGGUCGUUGAUGACCGGCCGCCCAGCUUAAAAAGAGAUCUUUGUUCGAUUUGAUUCCUGAGAUUCACAAACGUGGGUGGAAGUGACGCACGGCCAACCCUCGCCGGAGCUCUGUCAGAGGUGGAAUUCCGGGUCCCCCGUCAUGCCACAGUAACGUGGAAUUUCCACCACCUGGUUUUCUAAAAGGGGGCGAAAGAGUCACGUGACAGUUGCUGUCGGCUUGGGCGCUUAGAUACGCCGCCAGAUGUCAAAAUCGCAGAUUGUGUGAGCGGGCGGGCGGGGCCGAGUGGUAAUGCCGGGGCGUUUUCCCCAGACACGCGUGUGCACACACACACAUGUACACACACAACAACAACCGCCAUUCUCCACACACACACACACAUGUACACACACAAGAACAACCGCCAUUCGCCAGAGUGGCGGUGACGUCGCCACACACACAUGUACACACACAACAACAACCGCCAUUCGCCACUGAGUGACGUCGCCACACACACAUGUCACACACACGUGUAAAUGCACAGCAGAUUCGUGUUACUAUGGGGGGCGGCAUGUGAGCAAUCUCUGCCACUCUCAUGGCUCCGUGUGGCAGCGCGACAUUGCCAAGGGUGUAGGUGGCCGUGACAUCUUGCUCAGCUGUGCCCUUCCGCCCCAGGUCCGUGCAAUUAUUCCAUCUGUAAUUGACGUGGCUGGACAUGUCACAUCAGUAGGGUGUCGGCUGAUUUUUCUAAGGGGUUCCGGAGUUGCUACAAUUGGUGGAAUCGCCGUCAAAAAUAUUUGCAUGCGCAGAGAGCCACGCGCACACACCGGCACUCUUACGUCAAUUGCCAUCCAUUGCCCAUCAAUAAUUCUAUCUCGGCACCCAGAUGGUUUGGGCUGUAGUGCAAUGCCAGAGCCACACCAACAACAUCGGUGAGUGAUGUCACCACAACGCCGCCUGUGCCAGGCUCGGUGCCUUCUGAGGCCACGGAAAGAGUGGUGAAGGCUCACUGGGCCAGGAAAGUUAUGGGAUGGACUCCAAGGUGCUAUGGCUUCACCGAUUGGGCAACUGGCAAGAUUGCACCACAUGUGCUCCCCACUCAACCAAGAACACACACACACUUACACACACUCGCCACAAAAUGAACACGAGCACCUGAUAUAGAUUCAUUGCAGGACCUUAGUUCAUUAGUCACAUAUUGCAUUUAUGAAUACCCAUGUUUUGAUUCUGCAAAGACGUUUGGAGGUUGAGACGUUUGUGAGCUGUGCUGACGCGAGAGAGAGAGAGGAGGCAGGAGGUAAGAUGAGCCAAGGGGGGGGGGGGAGGAGGCUGUGUCCGCGACAUCAACACGCACGGCUUCACGUGGUGGCGCUUCAGUGGUGUAAACCCGAAAUAAAAAUCGCACAGUUUAAAAUUCA